AUGCUGAAUGUUUCUCCGACCACGCUGCUCGGGCGAAGACGCACGACGACGCACCAAGUGUGGGUUCGGUGGGCGAGCCAAAUUUCUCGCGGAGCGGCGGCAAGGUUUAGCGGUGAACUGUACAAGGCUGAGCGAAACCAAUGAGGGGAGUUAGACGGGCGUGUAGUCUAGUGAUGGUGAUGGGAGUGGGGGGGGGGGCGCAGAAUACGUCGGGGGGGGGCUCCGCAGAAUACGUCAGUCGUUCACGGUGAAAGAAUCGUCUUGGUGCUGGCACGGGGUGGGGCAGCUCCAGCAGAUGACGCCCACGCGUCAUCUCCGAACCUCAGCAUGUACUCGACAUGUCGUGAUGAAUAAAUGCAGCGUCGCAUCUUGCUCUCGCCUUCCUUUGUAGGAAGGUGCGUGCCGUGCUGUUUGCAGCAGGAACCCCUCUUUCGUAGUUUUCUCCUCUUUUUUCCUGAGGCGCCGUCGGUAUGUAUUAGUAACACGGCAAACGGGGACCCCGCAAUUGAUUGUAAUGCUCUUCCGAUUGAAGUAUGUGGUUGGUAGCUCACACAUGAGCCACAGCAGCGUGUGUUGCUUCGGGGAUGAACCCGAACGUGGUGCAAGCCCGAUGCUAAUAAUGCUGAUGC